UCCGGAAGUGGCUUCAGACAGAUCUUGGGAUUCUGUACAAUCGAUGGUAUACAUAAACGUCAUUGUAUUGUUCCUGAUCUCUAAGGAAACAAUGUGAUAGUUAUGCCACACUGUCAUGUAGGAUGUGGAAUGUAUCUGACCAGUCUGAGCCACUAUGAGGUUCAACAGUAAAGAGUUGGCUUUUCUUGCCCACCAGUCGUCCUCUCACUUCUCAAAGGAAGGCAUUCUAUGGAUGAAGGACAAACAUGAUGGGCUGUUUAAAAAAGGAGAAGUGAAUGUGGAACGCUUCUUUCGUUUGAGAGGCAAUCUUUUAUUUUAUUUCAAGAAUAAAGAAAUAAAGGGAGAUCCCCAGGGAGUGCUGAUCCUGGAACGCUGUACAAUAGAACUGUCGGCGGGAGCUGAAACAGGGGACCUUUUUGGAUUCAUUAUCGUCUACGAGGGAGAUGACCACACCUACCAGUUUGCCACCGACACAGAGGAGGAACGAGACUCCUGGAUACAGUGUCUACACAUUGCCAGUUAUGAAUGUCUCAAAAUGCAACUACAGAGUUUACGUGAGCAGAUCCAGGCACGGACUGGUCGGGACCCGAUCUCCCAGCCGCCUCCAACAGACACAGGGAUGGAAUACGAGACUCAAUCUGGUAACACAGAUGAAGAUCCGGCCAUGGAGCUCAGUAUAAGUUGUGAGGACCUACAGUGUGACAGUAGUGGGAAGGCCCCUAAUCCCCUGGUUGUACUGUAUACUAUUAUACCUCCACAACAAAACUGGAUACAACAUAACCACACAGAAGUUGUAGAGAAAAGUAGAAGUCCACAGUUUUUGAAGACAAUUGGUUUUGGUAACUUGAAUGGGGUGGACACCUGUACCAGAGUAAAGCUGACAGUGUUUCAUGUCAAGGAAAGAAUGACAGGCACGAUGUCCCAGCUCGGCCAGGUGAUUUUCACCCUCCAGGAUCUACUGAUGACACCCGACAUGAGGCUCCACCUAGAGUUACAAGGGCCGGAUCCUGUGAUGAAUGGCUAUGUGACUGUGAUGUCGUGGAUAAAUGACAGCAACUUAUCUAUCCACAAUUGUCACCAUAGGGUCAGUUCUGGCGAUGACAAGCACAGACUGAUAGCGUUACGUCGCCGAUCAAAAAGAAUUGACACACUACGCCCAAUGUAUAGCAAUAUCACGACCCGGACUUUCCGCUUCGAUACGACAGAUGGCAGUGUAAAACUGUUGGUUCAUGAGUACAUGGGAGAGAGCAAGCUUUCCUUUGAUAUUCCAUGUCAGCUCCUGCGACUGUGGGUUGAUGAGGAGAAGUCAAAAAUUACACAAUUACAGGAACUGGGACAGUUGUCAAGGAAAUGGCAGGAUAACAGAAAGGAAGUGUUGGACUUGACAGCUCGUACAGAAUCUCACUACUCGCGUCACCUGUCUACAUUGUCCUCACACACAGGCCCCAACUUUAAAAAGAGUGUAAAGAAAGGAGAUAAAGACCUCGAGUUUGUACCCAACAAUCUACAUCUACAACGGAUGACAGUCAUCAACGAGGCCCGCAAUAGCACUGGAUGGUAUGACAUCAUCACCGUGGGAGCUUUUACUGCAUAUCCUCAUAAAUACAAACAUGGAGGCCUGCGUCGAAUGCUUCAACAACAACACGACCUUCUGUCUGCUGAUGCCACCUUAAGUCGCACCACAAAAAUACAAAGAUCAUGUGACCUAGUGAAUUCUGUGUUAGAUUUAAAAACUGUGAUAGGACAGUACUGUGAGAAGUUAUGUCACGUUGCCAUGGCGGGGACCGCGGAGGAACUGAACAUCAUCAUGGAGAUGGUAUCAGACAAGGUGCGUGAUCUAGUCCAGAUCUGUGAUAGCAGUCUGCUUCAGGAGGCUGCCGACAACUAUAACCAAGCUAAGAUGGAGACUUCUCCCAAGGAUGUUCCUUCUCCUGACUCACAGGACUCUAGUCCGGGGGACCAAACUCCGGAGAAGGCCUGGAAAUGGACAGGAAGUAACUUUGUACAGAGUCCUACAGCAGAGCCAUGGGAGAUGACGCGUGUCAAUACGGAGGCUGCCCUCGUAUGUCUGAGCUCCAUGGUGGAGGAGCUCAUCACUAAUAAGUCUGGGCCGAUGGACAGACCUAAAUGGCUCGGAGAGAUCAGCCCUGGUGUGAUCAAGUUAAAAAGCUUCAUAGAACUUGUUAGUCAGAGAGUGAAGCUCUUCAUGUCCUUUCUUAACCUCAGGGAGAAUCAAGGGCAUGUACAGCUGAUGCAUAUGAUAAAAUAUCGGCGGGAUGUAUGUUUCUCCCACGCUUUGACUUCCCUUGUGGCCGGCUUAACCACUAAACUAGCCGCCUGUGAUAAUGAGAAGUUAUUCUUCAAUCAACUUCUCCAUGUUGGAGUGUUUGCCCAGUUUGAGGGACUACUCAGUUGCUAUGGUGACGAGAUGGGGAUGCUAGAAGACAUGACCGUGGCUUUAGAAGACCUCAGUUAUGUCACUCUUCAUUUUAUCCUUCAAGAAGAAUAUGAACAGUCACCAAUCAUAUCCUUAGACAGUCACCUAAUAUCUGGCAUGUAUGCAGACUUUAAUAGACAUUGUGUGAGAGUAGAAGUUCCUCUACCAGAAACUUUAUUCAAGAAACUUCCUGAAUCCUUAGCUCAAGGGGAGGGGAUUCGGAUAACCCCUGUACUCUUCAAUGUUGGCAUUAACGAGCAGGCCUCUCUUGCGGAACGGUUUGGUGACACGACUCUUCAGGAGAAGAUUAAUUCAGAGAGUCUAGCUAAGGUGGUCACUUACAAGGAGAAGUACCUGGCCAUGCAGGGAGAUCAAGACUGUAAAGGAGGAAGUGGAUCCCUGACAGACUUGUGUACAAAACUACAUUACAACGUCAACACCAAGAAAAACAAGAAUACAGAAGUCCUUAGACUUGCUGCAGAGAUAUGUAGAAAGUUGCGAGGAAUUCGGUUCACCAGUUGUAAAAGUGCCAAGGAUCGUACAGCUAUGUCCGUUACCCUAGAACAAGUAAAGAACCUACAGCAGGAACAUGACCUUGCCUCUCAUGUAUUCUCACAGGCACUUGACUGCUUCAGAAGUGAAGGAGUAAGAAGGGAGAACACCUAUAAAAAUGUCGGCGUUAAGAAGUAUGCCUUUAACGCCCUACAGCUCAUGUACUUUCCAAAACAGUACAGACCACCCAAUGGUACCUAUGGAAAUGUACAAGGGUAGAUGUGUUGGUAUGGGGCGGACGUGUUGUGAA